AUUUUUAACAGCAAAAGUAGAGGCUCCAGAGUGAAGGCGUUUCCCCGGCGCUAAAAGGGCGGGAGUUGAUUGGAUGACAAGCAUCGAUGGACAUCCAUCCGUCUGGGCUAUCAAUAAGUACUUCCUACCUUUCCAUCUACUCAGUACUUCCCAUCUUCCACAUCUUUCUCUAUUCUUGAUUCAAUAAUCGCUACUUCCUCGGGCCAUAAAACCCCUCCAUUCAUCUCUAACCCCAUUUGAUACCCCCUUUCCAAAUCAUGCUAGAGCAAACUCCCCCAGACCUCCCCCUCCCCAAAGAUUCCCCGGUCCGCAUCCUGGUCCAGACCAUGACGCACCUCGUCCCCAGGGACCAGGGCAUGGACAACAACAUCUGGGGCGACAAGGUGACGUCCAUGCUGCACCGCAUCUCCCGAUAUCACUGGCGGGUCCCGUACUGGCCGUUCGACAAUCGGUUCUACUCGUACGGCGACGAGUUCGGGUACAGUCACCGGCUCUGCUUCUUUCUGGUCGACCACGGCACCACAGAAAACGAUGACGAGGUCCCGAUCCUGUGUUAUGAGUGGACGGGAGAAGAUUUCAAAUUCACGCCCGAACUUCUCGCCUCCAAAGAAGUCCAGGACAAGCUGAAAGAGUACCCCUUCACGCCGGCCACGCACGAGCCGGACACGUACGAGCCAUUUUCUCGUCUUUCUGUUUCGAAUCCAGUAGGGCUGUGUUCUAGACUCUCCCAUUUCUUAUUUUCGUCCGAAAAUUCAUAUAUCUAUCUAUACACUGCCGCAGCUGCGUCUACAAAUCGGGUUAUUCAACUCCAACGCUAAACGACAGGCCAUCGCCAUCAUCACAGCACUCCCCUAGUCAAUCCCAAGAACCCAACGAAUCCUAGCAGUUCAUGCAUGUCUAGCUUACCAGUCCCUCGGUACCGACCAGAAACCAACCAAUUUAGGUGCCAUGCACAUCCAAGCGCGCGGCUGAUAUUCUCUCACAAGGCUGAAUCCCCGGCCGCUCCACUGCUACCAUCAGCACGAAUCUGUGGGGAAUAGGACAUGCUGAUUGACGGUUGAUUGA